AUGUCUGCGAUAGUGAGCGAUACCGAAAAGUUCCAACAGCAACCAAAUGGUUUAAUAUAUUUACCAUACAACAAUAUUAUCGAUGAUAAUUCAUUUUCCGAUAAUACAAUAACAGAUGAAAUUUCAAAGUUAGCGAAUAUUCCAAUAGUUAUUAUUAAAAAAAAUCAAAACAGUAAUAGCUAUGAUUCGCUAGAAACCGAAAUACCCUCAUUACCCUCAAAUCAUUCAGUAUCAAGCAUAACAACGAAUACUAAUAAUAAUGAACUUUCAAUUCACACAUCCAAUAGUUUAGGUGAUCUCAGUUGUACACCAUUAUUAGAUAUUGGUCAGAAUGUACCAUUGGAAUCUGUGACUCCGCCACCAACGACUGAAAACCAUGUUCAACAGUCUCAUUCAUUUCCAUCCACUUCAUCUACUUCAACCACGACAACAGCUGACUCAUUAUCAGCACCUUCAAGCCAUUCCUCAUCCCCUGAUAAAAAAUCCACAAAUUGUAUUUCCAUCGAACCUUCUCUUCAAAUGAUAAGUGUAGAUCAGCCGUAUAAGCAACAACAGCAAGAGCCACCUCCUGUUAUUAAAUCAAAAGCACCACUCCCGCCACCAUCAUCUAAACGUGAUAUUAUUACUCAAAAGCCAGCAUCACAAAACUCUAGUGAUGAUUAUCAGCAACAACAGCAAUGUUGUCUUCCAUCACGAUCUCCUUAUUACGAUCCUCAAGAUGAAACUAAUGAAUUGAUUUACUCUUGUCUCGAAACAAGGAUCACAACUCCUCCAUGUCGAGGUAGUAUAAAUCAUCGACAUGGGAGUGCUGAUCGAUUAUACUACCUUGAACGAGAACAACAACCUCAGUCAGAAUAUAUGAAUCGUUCGUCAAGUUCAGCUUUUUACCCAUUGAAUUAUACAAACGUACGUCGAACAACGACAUUUAGCGGCGGUGGAACACAUCAUAAUCAGCAACAACAACAAAUGGUUAUUAAUGGUCUCGAGCAUGAAUUAUAUUUAACAAAAGAGCAACUGAAUUCAACAAUUCGAAGUAUAAAAACUUAUUGGAGUCCAGAAUUAAAGAAAGAAAGAUCAAUUAGAAAAGACGAACAAUUAAAACGAUCAAAACAAACAGAUAAUCAGGAAUUCCAUGUUCAAACAUUAGAAAUCCAAGUGCAUCAACUGCAUGAGGAAUUAGAACAGUAUCGCCAACAUCGAUGUCCAUCUAAAGGAUCUACUAUGCAACAGCCACAACAUCAAGAUUCCUCAACAGCGAACAACCAAACAUCUCUAAUAGAAACUUUGAAAAACAGUGAAAAAAAUCUAAAAGAUAAGCUCGAUCAUUUUCAUAACGAUCUACAUGGGAAAGAAAAUGAAUGUACAACAUUAAAAGCAAAAGUAGAUACAUAUGAAAGUAAAGAAAGAGAUUUACAACAUUACAUCACAAUAUUAAAAGAAUCGAUUAUGAUUAAAGAUCAGCAAGUAACCAUGGUACAAUCAGAAGUUGGUGAUCUUCGUACACGUUUAAAAGAAAAAGAUUCAAUUAUUGAACGUAAAAAUGUCAAAAUUCAAUCAACGCGACUAGAACGACAACAACGUGAUUCCGAUUUAAUUGAAUUAAAACAACAGUUAGAUAUUAAAGAUCGAAAAAUUAAUCUACUUAAUAGAAAGAUUGAAAACUUAGAAGAACAAGUGAAAGAUAAAGUAUCUCAAAUAGCCAGUACACGUGCAAAAUUGACAAACACGUAUCAGACACAUCAAAAUCAAUUAGUUAAUUCAACUCUCGUGAUGAAUUUAGAGCAAACAUUACAAGAUAAAGAACGACAAAUUGAAAAAUUACGUGAACAAAAGCAUACAUUGGAUGUUGAACAUCAAGAUGAGUUAGAGCAAAUGCAAAAAAUAUUGAAUGAUUCAAGAGAAAAAUUAGAACAAAAAGAAAAGGAUUAUUAUGAAGGACAAAAUCAAAUAAUUGAGUUAAAAGAACAGUUGAAUAACACUAAAUCACAAUUGACACGUCGAGAAUUAUCGUUACAAACAUUAGAAGAGAGUUUAACCGAUAAAUAUGAUGAGUAUAAAAAACGUUUUGAGAAAGAACAACAAACGAGACAACAACAACAACAACAACAUUCAACGCAAGAUCAAAAAGAUAUAGACAAAUUGACGUUGGAAAAUAGAACUUUACAAGAACUAUUACGUACCUGUGAAUUAGAGCAAAAUAAAUCACAACGUGAGAUUGAAUGGAUGCAAUUAGAAUUGACAGAAAAUAAAACAAAAGAAGAAAAUAUUGAACAACAACAAGAGCAAGACGAACACAUGAGAAAAAAACAACAACGAAUUGAAGAAUUAGAAGAAGCUGUGAGAGAAAGUUUACAAAUAACAACGGAGAGAGAAUAUGCUAUGGCACAACAGCGAAGAAAAUUAGAUAAUCUAGAAAAACAGAUAAAAACUUUACAAACUGAAGUAGAUCGUUUGAGAGAAGAAAAUCAUGAACAACGUCAUAUGCUAACUCAAUGUCAAUAUGAGUUGAGUCAACGAAAAAAAGACUAUGAAGCAAGGAUUGAAGAUCAUAUUAAACAGUUGGAUAAUGCGUUUAUUUCACAGUAUGAUAUACAUGUUAAAUUGUUAGAUAAAGAUAAAUUAGUACUAUGGUUUUUUUAUUUUAGGCAAGAAAAAUUAUUAGGCCAGCUCAGUGAAAAAGAUUCAGAAAUAGCCGAUUUAGAAAUGGAUCCUCAGGCACAUCGUGUACAAAUAAAUAGAUUAAAUGGAGAAAAGCAUCAGUUGCAUAAUCAACUGAAAGAAUUGACUGAAAUUCGUAUGAAAAUUAUUCAAAACCAUAUGGCAGCAAAAGAACUCGAUGAUAAGGAAUAUUUGUUAAGUCAUUCACAACCUUAUGAUGCCGAUGGUAUUUCAUAUUAA